AUGGCUUCACACGGCUUUUGGUCUCUGGGCGCAGAAAACGGUGGAGAGAGCGGCGGCCAAAGCCCGGUCACGGCCAGGGCUUGGUGCCAAGCGGCGGCCCAGAAAUUCACCGGAGGCAUCGGAUCCAAAUUAUGUGCUCUGCUGAAUGUGGGAGAGGUGGAGAAAAGCGCGGAUGGUGCUGACAAACCGGAAGCGGAGAGCUGCAACUGCACCACCAAACCCUGCAACUGCUCCAAAUCUAACCUGGGCUUCUCCGAGCUCUACUCUACAGAUCUUCUCCCCGCUUUAAACGGCGACCUGAAGACGAUGACUUUCCUGCAGGAGGUCGUGGAUAUUUUGCUGGCGUACAUCGUGGAGUCUUUCGACAGGUCGACUAAAGUGAUUGAUUUUCAUUACCCCAACGAACUGCUGCAGAGGAACAACUGGGAGCUGUCGGAUGAACCCGAAACCCUGGAUGAUAUUCUGAUCAGCUGCCGCGCCACGCUCAAAUACGCCAUCAAAACAGCUCACCCCAGGUACUUCAACCAGCUCUCCACUGGAUUAGACAUGGUCGGCCUCGCCGCUGACUGGCUCACGUCCACCGCCAACACCAACAUGUUUACUUAUGAGGUGGCUCCUGUGUUUGUCCUGCUGGAAUACGUCACGCUGAAGAAGAUGAGAGAGAUCAUUGGUUGGGAAGAUGGCCGUGGAGAUGGCAUCUUCUCACCAGGUGGCGCCAUUUCCAACAUGUACGCCAUGUUGCUGGCCCGCUACAAGAUGUUUCCUGAAGUCAAAGAGAAAGGGAUGUCAUCAGUGCCCAAGCUGGUGGCCUUCACGUCCGAGCAUAGUCAUUUCUCGAUCAAGAAGGGAGCUGCAGCUCUUGGAAUAGGAACAGAGAGCGUGAUUUGUAUCAAAGCCGAUGAGCGGGGAAAGCUGAUCCCUUCUGACCUGGAGCGGAGGAUAGUGGAGGCCAAGCAGAAGGGUUAUGUACCAUUCUUUGUGAGUGCUACAGCUGGGACGACAGUGUACGGAGCAUUUGAUCCUCUGAUCGCCAUCUCGGACAUCUGUAAGAAGUAUAACGUUUGGAUGCAUGUGGAUGGCGCCUGGGGAGGGAGUCUGCUCAUGUCCCGGAAACACAGAUGGAAACUCAACGGCGUCGAGAGGGCGAACUCCAUGACGUGGAACCCUCAUAAGAUGAUGGCCGUGCCCCUGCAGUGCUCGGCUUUGCUCGUCAGAGAGGAGGGUUUGAUGCAGAGCUGUAACCAGAUGCAGGCGUGUUACCUGUUCCAGCAGGACAAACAAUACGACCUGAGCUACGACACCGGAGACAAGGCGCUGCAGUGUGGACGCCACGUUGACAUCUUCAAGCUCUGGCUCAUGUGGCGAGCUAAGGGCACUAUUGGCUUCGAGGCUCAGAUAGAUAAAUGUCUCGAGUUGUCUGAAUAUCUCUACAACAAGAUAAAGGACAGAGAAGGCUACGAGAUGGUGUUUGAUGGAAAGCCUCAACACACCAACGUGUGUUUCUGGUACCUCCCACCCGGCGUGCGCUACCUGGAAGACAAAGUGGAAAAGAUGAAGCGUCUACACAAGGUCGCUCCUACGAUCAAAGCUCGGAUGAUGGAGUACGGCACGACCAUGGUGAGCUACCAGCCGCAGGGAGACAAAGUCAACUUCUUCCGCAUGGUCAUCUCCAACCCGGCCGCCACCUUCGAGGACAUCGACUUCCUCAUCGAAGAGAUCGAGCGACUCGGACAGGACCUGUAACGCUUACGACAUCUCGAUGUACAAAAUAUUUGUUGUGAAUGUACGGUAAUUUUAUUGCUUACCCCACCCCCCACCCCCCACCCCCCUUCUUCAAAGUCUAAUAUAGGUGAAUAUAUUUAACGUCAAAAAGUCCGUAUUUAAGUAUCGUAGCACCACGUGUCGUGGACGUCUUGGUCCGAAGCCCUGUAGAAGUGUUCAUGUCCGCUCCUGUCUAUGUCAGCGUAAGCUUUA